AUGGAUGUUAAAAGUGCAUUUUUAAACGGCUAUUUAAAUGAAGAAGUGUGUGUUGAACAACCAAAAGGAUUUGUUGAUCCUACUUUCCCAAAUCAUGUGUUCAAACUAAAGAAGGCGUUGUAUGGUUUAAAACAAGCUCCAAGAGCUUGGUAUGAAAGGUUGACUGAGUUUCUCAUCAACCAUGGAUAUAAAAAGGGUGGAAUUGAUAAAACUCUCUUUGUCAAAGAGAAGGAUGGAAAACUUAUGAUAGCUCAAACCUAUGUGGAUGAUAUUGUAUUUGGAGGGAUGUCAGAUGAGAUGGUCCAACAUUUUGUCAACAAGAAACAUAAUUGUGUAUUUCUAUCUACUGAGGAAGCUGAGUACAUAGCAGCAAGUAGCAUCUACUCUCAACUAAUGUGGAUGAAACAAAUGUUGAUUGAAUAUAAUGUCACACAGGAUGUCAAGACAUUAUUCUGUGACAACUUGAGUGCUAUUAAUAUCUCCAAAAUCAAGAAAGCAAAGCCAUCUAUUUCAAAGAAUGUCAAGACUUAUGGUAAGUCUUCUAUUUCUGAGCCUACAAUCCCUAGUGAAGAUAAGACUUUUAUUGAAGAGGGUUCUAGGUCUAAAGGUUCUGAGAUGAGAAACCCUACUAAGCAUACUAGUGUCACUGAGAAUCAAUCUGAAGUGGAAAGGAUUGCCAUUGAUAAGGACCUUUGGAAGUUUGUUACCUCUAUGUUGAAGGAAGUGGAAUCAGAUGUUUUUCCAGAUGUUCAAACAUCUUUGGAAAAAGAAACUUGCCCUGAUAGUGAUUCUAGUGAAAAGGCUGAUGAAUGCGUCCCUGAGCAAGCUGCUCAUGAAAUAAGGAGUAAGAAGAAGGCUAAUUAUGUUAUCAAUAUGGAUGGCCUAACAUUUGAUAAGGAACCUCUUACCAAUAUCUUGGCUCCGGGAAUAUCCAAGAGACUUCAUAGAAGAAAGGGAAAGGUUGUGAUGUUUGAAGAUUCUCCUUCUAAGGAGAUAAAAAGAAAAUCAGGUGGUAUGAAAAGCACUCCCUCUAGAAGUUCCAAAGGAAAAUCUUCUGUUGGUCCUGCUAGACCUGGAGUAAAGUUGUUACUCCUACGAGGAAGAGAAAAGUUUUUUCUUCAAGUGAUUCUGAGUUUGAGGUCGAAGAGGAUGUCCAAGACAUCACUCCUAUGGAAGUAUGUUAUUCAAAGGAGGAUAACUUUGGAGAGGGAAUUGGGUAAGGAUGCCCUAAAAUGUAAGGAGAUGGUGGAGCUGAUAGAGGUUGCUGGUUUGAUUAAGAUUGUCACAAAAUUUGGUCCUUACUAUGAAGGUCUAGUCAAGGAGUUUGUGUUUUUGGGAAGGACUGGAGAACCCCAGGCUGAGCUAGAGGUUGCAGAUGACCAAGUGUGCAAGGAGAUAACUGCCAAGCAGGUGAAGCACUGGCUAAACAGAGGAAAGUUGUCAGCUGGGAAGCUAAGUGUCAAGUAUGCAAUCCUUCAUACGAUUGAGACUGUCAACUGGGUGCCUACAAAUCAUACUUCAACCAUCUCUACUGGGCUUGGGAAGUUUAUAUAUGCUAUUAUAAUAAGAAGAGCUUUUGAUUUUGGGAUGUACAUUUUUGAACAUGUUCUAAAGCAGGCCUUUUCAACUGUUGUGAAGAUGCGUAUCUUCUUUCCCUCACUCAUAUGUGGGAUAAUCCUGAACCAACAUCCUGGAAUCUUAUUGCCUGUUGAUAAUAUGAAGAAAAGGGAAUAUCCUUUAUCCCUCCAUUACAAACUGUUUGCUGGAACGCAUGUUCCAAAUAUUGUCAUGACAUCUUCUCAAGUACCUGGCCCUGCCACUUCCAAGGAGAUUGUUAUUACUCAACUAAAGGAGACAUGUAAAGAAUUGGAUGAUUCUAUCCAGUCUAGCACUGCUACAAAGAUAAAGCUUGAAAAAUUGAUCAAGGCUUUGAUGGAUGAAGAGGAAAAGGAAGCUGAACAUGUUGGUGAUGACAAUGUUGGAGCUGGUGUAGAGGACUCUACUGGUGGCAAUGAUGCUGAGAAUGAUGAAGAUAAAGAAGAUGAAGGAGAGAAGUAUGUUACUACAGACUCAGAUAGUUAG